AUGGCAGAAGCACUCAGAGAAAGCUUUUCGCUUGAAGAAUUGGAAAGAAGCGAAUUGGAAAAUGCCGCAGCAUUGCCAAAUGUGGACAACCUAACAACGAUAUGUUCAUGUCGCAGCUUCUGUCUUCGAGAGAGAGGACGAAAUUUCUGUCCCUGCAAAAGUAUGGGUAGUUUUUGCUCAAGCACGUGCCACGAAGAUUUUGAUUCAUGUAUGAACAGUCAAAGAGUUCAAGAAAGCGACAGUGACCAGUCGACAGUGAGUUUGUAUUAUUGCUAUACAUGUAUUAAUCUUAUUAUUUUGUUCAUUAAUUUAUAUACAUGAUUCGUUUACGCAAAAAAAAAUUGGCCUGAGCAAUGUUCAUUUGAGAAUAUGUAAUAUUGUUCAUUGUGAUUGUUUACUCUAAACGAAGGAUAAUGAUUAUCUAACAAUAGAUUGUACCUUGAUGGGACCUGAUAGGUAAAUUUUGCUUACAUUUUUUUUUUGACACUUUGCCUGCCAAGGAUAUGCGUAGACACACACAAGCUUUAACCACUGGCUUUAACACACAUGAUUUGUUUUAUUACAUAUCCUGCAUAAUUAUGCAUAUCCUUGCCAGGCAAAAUAUCAAAUUAUGUAAAAAAAGUUUACCCGUCUACACUAGUAUACAGUAUAAAUCAUCAGAUAGUUUAUUUCAAGUGACCCUGGAAGUUAUCAAGUUAUGUGUUUGCAUUUUGUAUGUUAUACAACUGGCUAACCUUCAUACUCUGUUUUUACAGGAUUCAGAAUUAUCAGCUGAUGAAAGCCAUGGCCGUGGGAGAGGAAGAGGUCGAGGCAUAGGUCGGGGACGAGCACGAGGGCAACAGAGAGGUGUGAGAGGAAGGGGAGGUGGUCAAAGAGGAUGUGGAAGGGGAGGUGGUCAAAGAGGACGUGGAAGGGGACAACUCGUUCAGGAGGAGCAAGCAGGUGAAAAUGCAGAUAAUCAUGAUCAGCAAUUGGUGGUAAGAAAUAUCCGUGUUUCACUGUUCUCGAGUCUUUGCAUUUAAUUAACCCAUUAAGCUGCAGAGCUUCCCCAUUGAUGAGUAAAAUUGUCUCGUGUUAGACAAGUAGUAAAAAGGACAGGUACAGUAGGGUGCAAUGGGAUGCUUCGCAGCUCAAUGGGUUAACUAGAGACAUUGUCAGAUUUUUGGUAUAACCAUUAAGAUGCAGAGGUUCCCCAUAUAGACUAGUAAAAUUGUCUGGUGUUAAACAGGUUUUAAAAAAUAAGUAGGGCACACUGGGGCACAUUGUGGCUCAAUAGGUUAAUUAACAAUUAUUCGCCGAAGGCGAGGUGAUUAUCGGUGAAUAAAAACCGAGACGAAGUCGAGGUUUUUAUUCACGAUAAUCACCGAGCCUGAGGUGAAUAAUUGUUUUAGUAUAAUUUCAUAGGUGAUUAUUUGGAAAAAAUAAGAAAAUACACAUUUCUUUGUCAUUUAAUUGACAAAAAGGCUUCGGCCGCCAUUUUGAAAAUCGCGUAGGUGAUUAUCGCGUAAUAAUCACCUCAACGGCAACCAAUCAGCGUGGAGAAUUUUCAAUAAUCACCUAUGUAAUUAUACUAAUGAUAAAUAUUAUAUCUUUAUAUUUCAGAAUCUUGUGGAAGGGAUGGAUUUAAAUGCACUAAGAGCAUUUUCUUUAGCGCUUCUACGACGUCAGCCAGCUGCAUUUGCUGAUUUGAUAAAUGGUGAAUUGCCAGGUGCACCGCCUGAACCUGACCCAGAAGAACCUGACCCAGAAAACCCAGAGUGGUGCAAAUGUGGAUGUUGUGUUGCAAUGCCAACACAAUUGGAAAACAAAUGCUGCACGCAAACAAGACGGCCUUGCAUAACCCUAACCCCUCUGUUCCCACAGUUAGUACUUGAUGGAAACGUUCUUGAUCUGGCAAUGCAUUACAGGGAAGACUUUCUAGUGUUAAACAAUGUCAGAAACAAUGAAAAUUUUCGCCAUGCUGCUUAUAGACAAUAUGUACUCUGGCAACAUGGAAGGUUGGGAAGGGGGAACAGGAGAGUGGUUCCAAGCUGUUGUGUGACAGCAAUAUGCAGACGAUAUCCUUCUCCAAAUGGGAUAUACACUGGGUAUCAACCAGCUAGAUUGUAA